GAUUCCAAUGACUGCAUCGGUGUCCAUUGUGUUAUUUUUGAAUAAUUAUGAUUAGCAUGAUCUACUCAUUUAUUUAACCAGGCAAGUCAGUUAAGAACAAAUUCUUAUUUACAAAGACAGCCUAGGAACAGCAGGUUAACUGCCUUGUUCAGGAGCAGAACAACAGAUUCUUACCUUGUCAGCUUGGGGAUUCGAUCCAACAACCUUUCGGGUACUGGCCCAACACUCUAACCACUAGGCUACCUGCCACCGCUAAUUGGUUUAUUAUGUUAUGGGAAACACUUAUUUUACUUUUUAAUUAUUUUUUUUUUAACUACAAACAUAGAAAAGUGCCAUUUUCACAUAUGUUGAUGUUGGGGGUGGUGCUGAAGAGGAUGAAUAUGAAGUUGAACAUUUUAAAUUUAACUUUAAAACACAUUUCAUCCUAGCAAAACGAGGUCACAAUCAUAGAAAUAUUAUUAAGAUGGUAGGAGCCCAGUUGAUGUUGGUUCAGUGCAAGGCCCAGACCACAUGUGGAACACACUAUUCUGGUUGUUUUCAGCUUUUGAGUGUGAACCUGGGGCUUGCUGCUGUGUGGUGAUGUGUGUUUGCAUCUGUGAGUUGGUCACAUGGGUGUUCACAACCACAUUCAGAACAUUUGAAGACCGGAGGACAGUGGUUCAUUACUAGUAUAUUAAUUAGAAAACUGAUUGAUUAGAUGUGGCUUAAUUUCUUCAUCUGACAGAAUUGAUCCUUGGCAGUGAAUCCCUGGCAGGGAUGUCCAAUCUGUUUCCUGACUGUCAAGGUAAGUAUAAGAACCGAGGAAGUGGAAAAAUCGAGUACACUUUUGGUUGUGUAUUUAGCAUAGCAGUGUGAUGUGGAUAAGGAAGUCCCUAUGUUGUAUAAAGUCAGAGAUUAAAAUAUGCUAGUGGCAAAGCCUUAACACCCCCAACAGUCAUUGAAAAUCAAGGGAGUUUAUAGAUAUAACACUGAGCCAGGCACAGCUUUAGAGUUGUGCGUGUUACUGGAGAGGGGAUGUGUGAGGAGAGUAGGCUACUCAAACACAGGCAAUUCUGCCUAAGGUGGGCAGCCUCCUAUAAUUCCUACUUGUAAUCGGUGCAUUUACAACCGGAAAAGUAAUUGGAACAGAGUUCUGCCAUCUUUGGGCACAACGGCUACAGAAUUUCACAUCAACCCCUGCUCGUUAUGGUACACUCUGGCCAAGUAUAGGGAAAUACCUUAGUUGAUCUCAAUGCUUUGUGGUGUUUAAGUUGUUGUCUGGUGGUAUGUCUUGCUCCUUGUGGGAAUUAAUUAGUCAUUAGAAUCCAAAACAUUUUAUAGAGAUGAGAAUGUUACUUGCUUUGAUGGAACAAUAACAAAAUAAAUAGUUGUCCUUGCCUGUUUCAUCAAUCAAGUUUUAUCAUUGAUUUACUUGUCUUAUUGAGAGAGAUAUCAAAUCUUUAGAAAUGGAAUCAAUGUGGAUCAAAUGUGAUGUGCUCUAUGCCUGGAUAAUUUACAUUACAACGUACACAAAUGUCAUUGUGUGCAUUAGGUUAUUUUAUUUCAUGUUUAGAUGUCAUCUCCAUCAGACUGCAAAAUGAGGAAAAACCCAAUACAUUUGUAACUAGGAUUUAUUCUGAACUUUUUAAAUAGAAACACGUAUUUGUGAUGUUAGCUUCUACAAUAAAGUAUUUUAAUAAAAAAAAUCCUGUUCCUCCGAAAUGUUACAGGCAUGGCAAUGCAUUUUGAUUUUAUAAUUUAUUUUCAUUGGUUUGGUUUCAGAUGAAUCAAUGUUUAAAGCUUCACAUGCAGUAAUUCAAGUUGGUGUGUAUCUGGUGUGUAUAAUUUGAAAAGCUCCUGUCACAGCCAUCCUGCACGGUGCACUUGCACAUUUCAAAAAGCCUUAGUCGCGCGCUCAAACGACUGUUAGGAAUAGCGAGGAGAGCAUCGCCAACGGAUUUUUUUCGGAAACACGGAUUCCGUAACAUCUCAUAGCUAGCUCGCUAACGUUAGCUACAUUUACCCUAUUUUUUUCAGAGAAACAUUGAAGAAACUGUAGUUAUAUAGAAGAUACAAACGAAAAUGUCUUGAAUUCAACAUCUGGUACGUUUUUAUGAUGAAGAUAGCUAACUAGUUUUCUUUAACUAAUGUAAUCUAACUAAAUUAGCUAACUAGCUAACGUUAGUAAAAACAGAUGGAUAAAUCUUGUUUUUUUCUGGCGGAUUUUUACAGAUACCAUACCAACAUUCCCUUGACAAUGGGGUUCGAGGAAAUGUACAAUAUCAAGGAGGAAUGCCCGACAACUGUUUUGAAAAAAAAUGAGGUCAACAUAAUUUCUCCGAAACAGAACAUUGUACGAAUAUGGAAUUUAUUAAUCGCCCUAACAUCGUUGGUGGCUGUGACAGUGUCUUUAUUUGAGCUGUUCUUCAACUCCGCUAUCCCUGUCGUUGUCGGGAUAAGAUACUGCCUGGAUGUCAUCUUCCUGUUGAACAUCAUCUCACGCUUUUACAUUGGAUAUGAAAGUAAUGGUGUAGUCAUAAUUGAUUCUAAACCAGUGCAGAGAAAAUAUCUCCGAACAUGGUUUAUCAUGGACCUGUUGGCUGUUCUUCCCUUUGAGACUCUGAGAUAUGCCUCGCCUGAAUUGCAUUUUAUGCAUAUCAAUCGAUGUCUAAGAGUCUUACGGCUGUUUGACAUAAUAUCGUCCUUUGGAAAAGAACCUGACACCAACAAGAUACAUGUUGCAGUCCUGAAUUCCUUUUCUAUUGUUGUCCUCAGUGUUCAAGUCUCUGCGUGUGCCUGGUACAAUCAGGUGUGUAUAGCUGCUCAUGGUGGCCAUCCAAGGGAGUGUCCAAAAGAGGAGAACUGGUUACAGCUGUUGCCAGAGUUUUCAACCAAUUUGACAGGAGUAACAGAUUUGGAGUUGUAUGCCACGUCACUAUACUGGUCUGCAAUAACUCUAUGUUCUGUGGGCUAUGGAGACAUACAUGCUAUGAAGAUCCCGGAGGUUAUGGUUGCCUCACUGGUAAUGGUGCUUGGUUUAUUUGCCUUCAUUGGAGUCAUCGCGACUGGAAUGAGCUCCAUCAUUAGCAAUCUGGAUGCCCGGAGAGGAAGGUUCUGCCAUCGAAUGGAGUCCAUUUGUCUUUAUAUGAAACAAAUGGGAUUGCCAGAGGAAGUUCAAACAUGGGUGCAUAAAUAUUACUAUUAUCUGUGGACGCAUCGCAAAGGCAGUGUAAUCGCUGGCCUACUGGAUGACCUUCCUUUUGCGCUACAUUCAGAAAUAUCCUCUGCUUGUUACAAACCUCUGAUGAAAAAGACAACACUGUUUCAUAAUACCGAAGAUGGCUUCAAAAGGGCUUUGUCACUUAAAUUCAACACCUACACAUACAGUCCUGGACAAAUUUUGGCAAAGCCUGGAGAAAUCAAUCAAAAUGCAUACUACAUUGAACAUGGAGUGGUGCAGGUAUUAGGAGAUAAUCAUUGUGACAAAGUUGCCCGUUUGCUACCUGGAUCGUUAAUUGGAGAGGCUUAUCUGAUGUACAGAAUUCCGAGAAACACUACGAUUUGUGCAGCAACAUUGUGUGAAAUUUGUGUGUUGGAACGCAGUGAUCUUCUUGCAUUGUUUGCGGAUUACCCAGAAGCUGGUUUGAAGAUAGCAAGAACAGCUCAAAAACGGCUGCAUAAUGUUAAGCAUCCUAUUAGGGAAGCCUUUGCUCUAGGAGUGGCAUCGAACCCCCAGAAUGUCGUUUUUCAGAAGGAUUUAAGUGUAAAUCUGUUGCCAAGGGAUCAGAAGAUUUUUACAUUGUUUAUGGAAUAUCUUGCAAACCAGUCCCACAAUGUCUCUUCAUCAGUUAAAACAUCUACAGAUGUGAAAAGGUCUGUUUGGAUGACAACUAUUCGACCAGAUGGCAUUUUUGCUCAGAAGUGGGAGGUUUUUAUGUUUUGGUGUAUCACCAUUUCAAUUUUUAUUGAAACAUGGGUACUUUUUUUCACCAACAACCUAGACACAAAGGGCUUUUACAAUGAAGGAUGGGGUGUGUUCUAUCUUACAAUCAGCUCAUUGGUUGAUGUUUUUGCCAUUAUCGACAUAUUUGUGAACCUCCGCACAGAAGUUUUUACAAAAGAUGGCUAUCAAGCUGACAUAAUGGGUAUUUUCGGCAACUAUCGAAAAUCUUGGAAUCUAUAUUAUGACGUCCUGGCUGUUGUCCCUUUGGACUUCUUCUCUUUUACAACAAGUGGAGAAGCACAUUGGAGAGUUUUAGGCUAUGUCCGAUGGAAUCGUCUUAUUUGGAUUCGGAAGGUGUGUUUGUUUUUCGACAAAAAAGAAAAUGACAUGGAUAAGAACCUGUUUGAACUGAGAACGGCUAAAUGUCUUUUCCUCCUGAUUUUCUCUGUGCACUGCUGCUCUGGAGUAAUGUAUCUCACAGGCUGCAAGGACUUCAGGUGUGAUGAAGAGUCAUGGGCCUGGAACACAGGACUGAAAGCCAGCCAUAGCAACUUGUAUCAUUAUAUGAUUUCUGUUUAUUGGACCACAACAAGCAUGACAACCAUUGGAUAUGGUGACAUUGUUCCCAGCACUAUGAAAGAGCGACUUACUGCUGUGUUUGUUUGCUUCAUUGGCUUGUUUGUCUUUAACUACAUUAUCAGUCAAGUCUAUGCCACAUUGGCCAGUCAGAAUGCUGCCAGGGUUACAUUUCAGAAUCUCCUCUCAGCUAUGACCAACUUCAUGGAAAGCCAUGACCUUAGUGUAUCUCUUCAAACAAGGGUCACUGAGUAUAUGAGUCUUCUUUGGUCAAAGUACAAGGGUCAAGCAUACCCAGGAGGCCAAUUUUUAAUGCAUGACUUGCCCAUCGAACUUCAACAGAUUGUCCUGAUGAAAGAGAGAGGGAGGUUCUUGUCAAAGAUUCCUUAUUUCGAGCAAGCUGGACAAGCGUUCAUUCGGGAUCUGGCAUCAACCUCUGUCAUGUAUUUCUUUCCCAGAGGGGAGAUCAUCCAGUACAGUGAAACUAUUACCAGAGAACUAUUUUGCAUUCGAAGAGGGACUUGCCAGAUUCUAAGUGAUGACUUGUCUGAAAUUGUUGGACUCUACGGUGAAGGAAUGUAUUUCGGGGAGGCUGGAUUUUUGUUUGGAAAACAAGCUACAAUGACCGUCCGUGCAAAGACUCAUUGUGAGAUAUUAGUGAUCGAUUUUGACAAAAUUAAAUCUGUUCUGGAGAGAUACCCGGUCAUUGAAAGCCAAAUUACAGAAUUGCAAUCAACACCAGAGUAUUACGACACUUUACUGCGAAGCGUUGAAGAAAUUAUGAAGUCUGAGGAACAGGAUGAUGACACACUAAAGAAGAAAGAUGCCUCGUUGACAUAUCAAGGUCGUCGAUAUGCCAAGAAGUCGAAGUGUUAUAUUGAGGACUUUGGAAACUUCCCAAUCUAUGCUGGAGCAGAGGAAGAAACUGUUGAGGAGAAACUUCUGAAACUGAGCAAAACUAAACGAAUACCUCCCACAACAAGAUAUAGGGGUGCCAUUUUGCCUAGCAAUCCACUGUACAUCCGAUGGGAAUGUUUCCGAUUUGUUUUGGCCAUAACGGUCAGCAUCAAUAGCUCUCUUCUUUUUGCUUUUCUCCACUACAAAAAGGAACUCUGGAUUUUGUCCUAUAUUCUGGGCCUUUUUUGCUGGAUUGACAUGUAUAUCCGUUUGCAUGUUGCUUUUUACAAGGACAAUCUCAAAGUGGACACGCUGGAAACGGCAAAACACUAUGUGAAGACAAGCUUUCUAAUAGAUCUCAUCAGCUGUUUUCCUUGGGAAGUUAUUGGUUGGAUGGUGGUUUCCCCUUUCGACGAGAAUGGAUUUUACUCCAACAGUGAAGCGCUGCACCUAUAUGCAUAUCUCAGAGCCCCUCAUCUUCUCCAGUUAUAUCGGAUUCCUCUUGCAUUUUCAUUCUGGCAAUCAGGGAUUGCAACCGAAAAGACGAUUGUCACAUUUGCUAAGUUCUUUCUGUAUUGCGUCCUUUUUCUUCACUUCAGCACUUGCAUCGUUUUUGCAAUUGUAUGCCCACCAGCAGACUUGUUUGGUGACACAACCAAUUACUUAUUGCCUAUGGUAAAGCACAACUGUUCAUCACAGUCCUGGGUGUAUCACAUGGACUACACGUUUAACGUGGUGUAUGAAACGGCUACCUUCACAGAACUGUAUUGCAUAAGUUUAUAUUUUGCAACUGCAACUCUCAGUGGUGUAGGCUAUGGUGAUAUACAUCCUUAUCUAACCUCUAUGAAAAUUACCAUGGUCUUCAUAAUGGUGUCUGGAGCAUUGUAUUGUGGUUAUGUGGCUGGUACAUUUGCUGCUAUGUUAGCCAAUGCAGAUGCUACAAGGGCAGCUUUUACUGAGAAAAAGGAAAGCAUACAACUAUUCUUGAAGAGUCAGAAUAUUACAGGGCAUCUAUAUCACAAUACUGUGAACUUCUAUGCUUUCAAAUGGAUAAGAACGAAAGGAAUAGACCAAGACACACUGUUUGAGUAUUUGCCAUCAUCUCUACUCGGAGAUAUAUCUACCAUUAUCUACUCUGACCUUAUUGCAAAGGCAUUUGGACUUGAUAUCAAGCGGAAGCAGCGAAGGAACUCAGUGGCACAACAUUUAUCCCCACUCGAGAGAACAUUAUCUGGAAAGCUUGAUGGACCCUUUUUUCACAAAAUACUGAGAAAAGAGAGUGUGGACCAAUUGGAAACGGAUGGAGGAUUCAUUCGGUUACUAGCUAGACAGAUUCGACCGUGCCUUUACAGAGCUAAUGACCUGAUAUGCAAAAGAAAUGACUUUGGAUCUGAGAUGUAUUUCAUUGAAAAGGGAGAAGUAGAAGUCUUGUCACAGGACGAGUUGACUGUUAUCAUCAAACUGAAUGCCGGACAAUACUUUGGAGAAGGAAGCCUUCUGUUUGCAGAACCUCGUGCAACCACAAUAAGGGCUGCCACAAAUUGUGAUCUGUAUGUCCUCUCCAAGAAAAGCCUUGAUGAAACUGUCAAAUACUAUCCGGACAUUUGCAAACAGAUCAAGAAAGCUGCAGAAACGAAACGUGAACAGCUACUGCAAAGAACAAUGGACAUGUCAAAAGUUCAGAAGAAUGUUUCAGCAACUGACAUACUUAUGAAUGACACCGGAUAUAUAAAGCUUUACAGGACAUGCAUGGCAGAAGAGGAAAAUAAAGCAAAGUUUAAAGACUUCCCAUUUCAUGUCCGAAUUAAGACAAGCAUCACUCAAUUCUUGAUCAGUUUUCUGUUGAACGUCAUCAGAAUCCACAACACAACAAUCAACCCGGAAAGCACAGUACGUGUUGUGUAUCAGUACACAUCUUGCCUUCUGAUCAUCAUUCUGUUUUGGGCGAUAACAUAUAUGCCAUCUGUGUUCAAUCUUGACCGAGGCAUCUUUUUGUUAACUAUGAUUAUCGAAUACAUUCAAAUGAUUGAGAUCAUUUUGAAAUUUCAUAUUUGCUUCUAUGAUGAAAGUGGAUCAUACAUCUCAGACUACAGAUCUGUGUCAUUGAGCUACAUGACGAGGAAAGUGGGAUACAUUUAUGAUGUCAUAUGCUCAUUCCCAUAUGCAUUUACAAUUUUGCACCUCAUGAAUCAAGUGUCACCGGCAACAUUUCUGCCCAUAAUAGUAUAUGUUCGCACUUUUCAUCUACUCCGGAUUCUGACUGUACUUGUCUUCAUGCACAAGGAGGAGCAAUCCAUCAUAACUAACUUACUUGCCAUACGAAUCAUCAAGUACUUGGUCCAUGCAAUCCUGUUUGUCCACUGUACCGCAGUUUUAUUUCUUUUAUUUGCUUUGCAUGGUGGCUUUAAUUCGUGGGUUGUCAACACAGAAGUGUUUUACCUCCCUGAUAUUUACACCUACUCCGUAUAUUGGACUUUAGCAACUUACACAACAACGGGCUAUGGUGAUAUCCGUGCAGUGACAUACAGAGAAUUGUUAUUCUCCGUUUUGAUAAUGAUUCUUUCCAAGAUGCAAGUCAGUUAUAAUAUGGGACUUCUCUCAUCCACGCAAACAAACAAGCAAUCACUUCAAGUGGCGUAUGAAGAGAAGCUGCAGGCAGUCCAAAACUACAUGAUGGAUGAAAACAUUCCAUCGGCGCUGCAAAAUCGCGUAAUCCGAUUCUACAAUUACCGAUGGACACGCACCAAAGGGAUAGAUUCAGAAGAAUUGUUCAAAGAUACACCUCAUUGUAUGAAAGUUGAAAUUUUCUCAAGAAUAAGCGUGAAUCUACUGAAGAAAAAUCAGCUCUUCACUCACCUCUCAGAAACAUUCCUGCGACACUUGGCAACGAAAAUGUUGCUGAAAAGCUACACCUCUGGGGAAUACAUCAAUAGAAGGGGAGACUCUGGCCGUGGCAUGUUGCUGAUCCUGAUUGGUAAGGUGAAACUUUGCUCAUGGAGAACUGGAAAGGAGGCCAUUGAGUAUCUUACAACUGGAGCCGCAUUGGGAGUUGACUUGCUGCUGAAAUCCAAGUUGUGUAGAUACACUGCCAUUGCUGAUAACUAUGUGGAUAUAUUUUUCCUGUCGAAAGAGCACUUUGAAGAAGUUGGGUCGUAUUACCCAGAUGUCAUGAAUAAGCUGCUAAAGAGAGCCUCAAACGUUAUCAACAUGUACUAACUAACUGACUUAGGUACCCCCUUUCCCUACUAAGGUAUACAGGCUGGAAAGCUCAAAUGUAAACUCCUUUGUAAUUCUGUUUACAUUUUUUUUUUUUUGUGACCAAAGAUGACUUGUUGACUGAAAAUAUAUUGUCUCGGUAAAUAUACUAUUAUAGAAUAUAUAUUUAUAUCCCUUUAAGUAAAUAAUCUAGAUGUAUAGAAAUAAUUGACGAAAUAAAUGUCUCAACUGUUUUAAAUAUGCUUGAACCCAAUGUGAAUAAAGUGUACUUAUUGUUUAACUGGAUUGCUUCAAUAUAUAUUAAUUGAAGUAAAUGAAUGAACAAUGA